GAUCACAUCCUUCAUCCCGGCAAGACAUCACCUCUGAUCUCAUCCUACAUCACGUACAGGCGAUAAUUAAUCCUUACACGGCAAGCAGUAAGGAGCGGAUAGGUUGUGUGCCAGUACUUGCAGGAUUAACUACCUGCAGUCAGCAUGCGUCGAACUCGCAAUGGACUCGACAAAAACAACAAUAGCAAUGAAAGACCUGACAAAGCAACCUCCAAACUUGCCACUCUACAAUCUAAUGAUAAUCAACCAGACAUCAUUAGAGCAGCAAUGAAGGAUGCUGCACGGAAAAGGAAAGAAAUACUUCAGCAGAAAAGGAAUCAGGAUUCACUAGCUGCACUCAACUUGCGUCGAAGUAACGGUGGACCAAAUCAAAACAACAGAAGCAAUAUAUUGGGUGAUCAAACAAUACAAAUACCUGAGCAAGGAACCUCACAGCUUGCGACAGUAGAAUCUAAUGAUAGUCAAUCAGAUAUUAUCAGAGCAGCAAGGAAGGAAGCUAGACGAAAAAGGAAAGAGAUACUCCAGCUGAAAAGGGAAAGGAAACGAAUAAGGACAGAAAAGGACAAUAAUGGCUGUGAAGUAUCAAAUAUAGCAAAGGAUGUCACUCAAGUUUCAAAUUUGGGAAAACCAAAUUGCGAUUACUGCAUCAACUUCAAUGGAGAGUAA